AAGCUGUCGAUUCCGUUUCCAGAAAAGAGAAAAAAUCACAGUGACGAUAAAGCAUAUCUAAUAGAAUAGCGAGUGAGAAAGAAGUGAGAUUGAGAUCUCUUAGAUUCCAAAAAAAUGUACAAAACGAAGCUGCAAGAGCUCUGUCACCAGAAAACAUGGCUGUUACCGGAAUAUUCCAUUAAAAAAGAAGGUCAAGAUCACAAUCCCAGUUUUCAAGCUACCGUCACCGUCAACGGCCACUCCUUUUCCUCUCCUUCUCCGGCUAAAUCGUCUAAACUCGCUCAGAACGAGGCCGCUCAGCUCGCGUUUGUUCACUUCUCCUCCUCCUUUACUUCCGCCACAGAACAAAUUCCUCGAAGGAACGAGCCAGCGGUUACUACUAUUGCCAAAGAGAAUGACAUAUCGACAGAUGUGCAACACUUGUACAAAACACUGCUGCAAAUCUAUACUCAAAAGAGAGGUCUGACUCUCCCCGAGUAUUCUUGCGAACGAGAAGGCCCACCUCAUGCAUCUCGCUUUAAGUGUAAGGUCACUGUUGAUGGAAAAACCUAUGAGAGUUUGGAGUUUUUCUCUACAUUAAGUAAGGCUGAACAUGCUGCUGCAAAAGCCGCUUUGAUGUCAUUGGGGCCGGAUAGAGUUGAAGAGGAUGAGUCUGCUUACAAGAAUCUUUUGCAAGAAUUGGCUCAAAAAGAAUGUUAUCUUUUACCAUCUUAUACUACAGUCAAAUCUGGGGAAUCUCAUAAGCCAACUUUUGUUUCAACUGUGGAGGUAGCUGGAGAGCUUUUCACGGGACAUGAAAGUAGAACUAAGAAACAAGCCGAGUUUAAUGUAGCGAAGGUUGCUUACAAAGCUCUAAAACAACGUAAGUCAAUGCAGAGCUCCAUAGUUUCUAGUUCUAUCAAUACAACUCAUCAAUCUACGGGUUCGUCUUCUGGAAACCCUAGUCAGAGCUUAAUGCCUUCCUCUUCUUCUAACCUCAGACAGAGGCCUACGACUUGUUUAGGCGAAUCAAAUGAGAAUGCUGAAAGUAUGUUCCCUCCUCACCAAAGACAAAAAGUUAUGCCAUCGACUUCUGGUUCGCGGUCUGAUCUCACAGCUUAUUAUAAACAGAACUUUCAACCUAUAAUUCCUGGGUGCGACAAACAAGCUGAGGAGGAAAACAUGGCUCGUGAUAGCUGUGUUCCUCUCUCUACGGGUGCUGACAUUCCUAGUCUUGAUCCCCAUAUUGGAUCUCCAGGGCCAGAUGUGAUCUUGUCUCAACCGUGCUCCAACGUCCCUUCUUUGCCUGAACAAGGAUCGUCUUUAUCUGUCUCCGCGACUGAUUCUUCAACCAGCAUACCUGUAAGUUCUAGCAUUGAGCAUCCAACUGGGGCAAAUACGCCGCUUCAUAAUAAAAUUAUAAUUCAUCCACGUGGGAUGACCAUGACAUAUCCUUCAGGUAGCACUAUGCUGCCCGUGAGCGAUAAUAACUGGGUUGCAGUGGGUACCUCUCAAUCCAGUCAGUAAAACUAUUGUAGCUCAAUGACUGCGUGCCUAAAAUUUGUUAUCUUUCUCGACUUCAGUGUAAUUUGAGCAAUGAAUUAAAUGUAGAGCUGUAUUUUGAUUGUACGCUUAGAAAAAUGAAGCAUCAAGCAUCAAGCAUCAAGGCUAACUGGAUAUUGGGUACGACAA